GUUACACCCACCUAUUCCUCAUUCUUUCCCAGCAUCCAGCAUACUGCGGGUACACUGUUGCUCAAAGUGACAUCAAUGUCCAGGAUCUCUCGUCCCGUUCUUUGCGGUCAGCGUCCUUUUUUGUACUUUUAGCAAGGUAGUCUUAUGGCAGGGCUCGCCAGUUACAGUCACUCUUUGGCAGUUGCAUACGUUAUGAAAUCUUGCUGCUCUCCAGUCCUACGGUUACCUGAACAAACGACCACAUGCUUAGCAGCAUGGGAGAUGUAUAUGAGCAUGGGCAUGGGCAAGCCCGCCGUUCUCAACACAGCCGCGACAAUAGCCGGCUAGAGACGCUCGUCACUGAGAUUGACCAGAUAGAUGCGUCGAUGAGAUACCGAGAGGAAGAGGCGGACAACAGGAUCGCCAGUGAUCAGAACGUGUCCAGCUCCUCGAGCAUAGAACAAGAGAAGACCAUUGUGUCCUGGGAGCCAGACGAUCCUGAGAACCCUUACAACUGGUCCGCUAAAAGGAAAGGAUGGAUUCUCUUCAUCGCGAUGAUGACCAUCAUCAACUCCACCAUGGGGAGCGCUCUGCCGAGCAAUGCCAUCCCUUUUAUCACUGCUCAGUGGGGCAUCGAGGUCCCAACCCAAAAGGUUUUGCCAAUUGCCAUGUACCUCGUCGGCUAUGUGAUGGGACCUCUUUUCUGGGCUCCUCUUAGCGAGCAAUAUGGCCGCCGCAACCUGACCCUCGGCACCUUCGCAAUAUUCUGCGUGUUCACCAUGGCCUGCGCCCUGUCGCCCAACUGGGCAGCGUUCAUCGUAUUCAGGUUAUUCACCGGCGUCUUUGCGAGUGCCCCUAUUGCGAUCGUGGCAGGCGUCUUCGCAGAUAUCUAUGAUAACCCCUUAACUAGGGGCCGGGGCAUGGCAGUGUUCAUGGCGACCACAGUCUUUGGCCCGCUUUUUGCGCCCAUAAUAUCCGGUUACUGCUCGACGACGAUCGGAUGGCGGUGGACAUUUUGGAUAGCUCUCAUAUACGCUGGAGCGACCAUGGUCCCGCUUAUGCUCCUCCCAGAGACCUACGCACCGAUCCUGCUGGUCCGCCGCGCAGUCAAAAUACGCAAGGCCGACCCGACAGCUCAGGUCGUGGCGCCUCACGAGCUCGAGCGGAAGGACUUCAAGCAGCUCGCCACCGUCGUGCUGACCCGCCCGGUCCGCAUGAUCAUCUUCGAGCCCCUCGUCAACACCAGCUGCGCGUACCUCGCGCUGUGCUACGCUAUCUUCUACAUGUCGUUCCAGGCCUACCCGCUCAUCUUUCAGGGCGUGUACGGCCUGUCGCCGGGUGUCUGCGGCCUGACCUAUAUGGCGAUCGGCGUCGGAUGUGUCAUCUCCUUACCCAUGUUCUGGGCCUAUGACGGGAUUCUCAUCCGCGCGCAAGCUCGGAAUGCGCCCUGGACCCGCAAGGAAGAGUACCGUCGGCUGCCCAUCGCCUGCGUCGGCGGCCCGCUCUUUGUCGUUUCCCUCUUCUGGCUUGGUUGGUCGGCCCGGGAGUCGGUCCAUUUCGUCGUGCCGAUGCUGGCGGGAAUACCAUUCGGGAUCGGCUUUAUGUGUAUAUUCAUGGCCCUUCUAAACUACCUCGUCGACGCAUACGAGAUAUUCGCCGCGUCCGCAAACGCCGCGGCCAGCUGCUCGCGCUCGCUGCUGGCGACGGUCCUGCCCUUCGCCACGGCGCCCAUGUUCGCGCGGCUGGGCAUAGCCGGGGCCUGCAGCCUGCUCGGGGGCCUGAGCCUGCUCAUGUGCGCCAUCCCGUUCAUCUUCAUCUGGCAGGGGGAGAAGAUCCGCGCCAACUCGCGCUUCUGCAUCGCCCUCAAGGAGAGGAAGGAAGAGAUGGCGAGGAAGGUCGAGGAGCAGCGUCUGAGGGCAGAGGCGUCCGAAAAGAAGGUCGCCCAGGGGCCCAAGGCCGAGGUCUGAGGGGGCUCUCCUCUUGUUAUUGUGUCUCUUAAGGUGGGCAACUUCGGUCAAUAGAUAAAAUUUCUGGCUCUUCAUACUCCCCUUGUCAGUGACGCCUCCAAUCUCUUUCACCCCUUUCCUGCAGGUGCAGACAUGCCUGCGCCUG